AUGGACUACGCAGGGAUCCAGAGUUGUGGUAUGAAGAAGGAGAUUGCCUCGUACAUCUACACGCGAAAGGAGUUUCGCGUCAUCGCGUCUGCUCCGGGAUCCGCUUUCCAGCACCUGAGGCGAAUGCCCAGCUCCCUUACCAACGCCAAUGGGGAACACAGCAUCGUCGAGCUCUUCAUCCCGGUUCCGGAGGAAUUAUCACGAGAGAAUUCAUUUAGACGGCACAUUGCGACUCGCAACUUCUUUGCCUUCCUUCUGGGUAAACCACUGGUAGGCGAUCAUAUGGGCCAAGCAUUCGUAGACGUCCAGGAACGUUUACACCACUUCCGUCCAAGUCAUCCGAACAACCACCAAGACUUCCUAGACUACGCUGAGAACCAAGGGUACCGGGAUCUGGUGGAGUGCACGGACUAUGCUCUUGCAAGCCUCUACUACGCAGAGCAUUUCAAACUGAGAGACAUCUGGGUCGAUGCAUUUGCCCAUUGCGUCGGUAUGAGCGACAGCUUAGUUCUCAGUCCGGAAUACGUUCUGACUUCGAAGCUUACCAAAGCAUUGAUCACCCGCGCACAUCUCGAAGUUGACGGCCAUCUCGGGCGCGUAUCGACCGCACUAAGCAGGUUUCUACAGGAAGACCUCUCGCCGACUCACCUCGGAUUGACAGACGGUGCCAGGAGCCAUCUCGAUCGGUUCCGCCGCUUCUUGCAUACCUUCUACGUGGACAAAUUUGGCUAUUGGCCACCACCACGGGGUGCCGCUUUUCCGAAAGCUCUGUACAAGUCUAUGUACUAUGACUUCCAGAACCUGUACGACUACCUCGUAGACACCGACUCGACUGCCGAUAUCUCCUCCCAAAGACCAGCUAGCGGUGGCAUCUGUGUCUUGCAGAAUAUUGCAACGUUCGAUCAACGACAUGGCUUCAAGUCUCAGCCGCACCCGUUACCUCUCCUACCGACAUACACUUCGCCACUGAAGAGAACAAAUUCCCAGAAAACGAACUCUCAAAAGGCCUUGAGACAGCUGGUUCUGGCCUCGCAGUAUAACAAGACGCAGGUACAGGAUACCAUGCAUGGUGCUCUAGCAGCGGCAACGAACGUUUUAGAGCCCAGUGCGAUGGAGUCCAACAUCGUGCAGGCAUAUAUCCAUUUUGAGAAGGCGCAUGCUACCAGCCCCAGUCAACGCCAGGGCAAGGUAUCAGCAACAGAUGCGCGUAAAGUCAGGUGGCUCUUGAUCUAUGGCACUCUCCAGUAUCUUGUGUCCGCUCUGAGGGCGCCAAAAGAAGUUCGCGAUACUGAAAGCCCGGAGUACGCUUUGUGCUACGUUGCGGAGCCCACCUCGACUACCAAUAGCGUUGCUACGACUCCUUUGGCGUCACCUCCAGCUAAGACGCCAGUGGCCAUCGACGAAGGUCCUGAUGACUCUCAAAGCAGUCUCUAUUCUAUAGAGCCAGACUGCCAAAGGGAAGAUUACUUUACGCCGCAAAACAUGAGUCGACGUGGAUCCAUGGAGGUUGCGCCUCUUAGGAUAUCCCAACUACCUCGUUCGUCCUCUGUGCGUUCUCUAGCGCGACGGUCACUUUCUACUCGAGGCUCGCGGAGCAAUAGCCUCACAAUGAAAACUACACAGAAGCCUGCUGGUGUUGUUCAGGAAACUAGCGAUAAGUCGAAAGACUCUGUCCCAUCUUCGCAAGAUCACGCUCGCCAAACCUCUUCUGUUUAUUCCGAGCAUUCCACGGCAAUCACUGCAGAGAGCGGAGCUGGACUGGAUACCUCCUGGUUCCGAUCACGAACACCCUCAGUCACUCGUAGUAGGCAGGGUUCUACAGCAAGCACGGCCGCACGUCCCCGAACACCCCUACUUGAUUCUGUUCAACUCGAGCGUGCCACAUAUCCACUGUACCUGGCGCGCACUGGGGAGCCUCCUAGCCGUUCAGACAGUACUAGCUCUACAGCAAGCUCCCUAUGGAGCGAAGGCGCGAGUGUGGUUUCAUCUAAGUCCAGCGCAUCUGCGGAUAGCCCUACUCGUAAGGUUAGCGCCGCAGAAGAGAGUGGGCUUCUGGGUGGACUUGUCUCCUUUGAGUCACCUGGCACUAUGUCACUCACAGCACAAAGCCAUAUACAUCCUCUCCUACGGCAACAGUCCCCUAAAGCCGAGUUUGAGUUUGGUUUCGAGAAGAACGAGUCAGAAGUAACUCAUGAUGUCCAUGAGAACUCCCAAGUCGACUCAACCAUUGGUAUGGCUGUCUCCACUCCGCCGUCGCCCACUCGACCCCGUAUGAAUCUGUUUCCCGACACACGACCCACUUUCACUGCCGAAGAGGCACGCGCUCUCAUUGCCGAUAAGAGACCCAAUCUUCCGUAUCGAAACAGAUCCAAAUCUACCUCGUCAGUCUUGGACAAUGCCACAUCGCCGGCGAAAGAUUCAAUGUUCUCCACGCCUGUGAGCGCGACACCCACCGGCUACUGGGAGCAAUACAAAGCUACUCUCACACAACAAAAAGCACGAUCCAAUCCUGGAUCACCGACAGGUCCUACUUCGCCAUCCAUGGUCAAGAUUCCGACCGCCUUCAAAGCGCCCUUCUCGCGACUCAGACCCCGCAACGAGGAAGACCGCGGCGUCAAGACAGAGCGCCGAUUGUCAACUCUUUGGCGACACUAA